CACACAUGCAUAUGCCCCAAAACAGAAGGUCCUCAGUGUGUCAUGUGGACAACAUUUGGGAGAAUCCUUCCAUGUGACAUCCGCAGGGGCCUGGGCUGCAUACUGCUGUUCCCAGAGCAAGGAAGGGGAACUGUGUGACUGAAUCUGUCUCUUGAAGUGGCUGGUACACAGCAAGUGCUCAGUAAGAGUUUCCAGAAUGAAUAGCUGACAGCACAGACACUGACCAGAAGUGGGUGUCUGAGGACCUGGUCUCAUGUGUGCUUUCUCUGAAUGUCAUCUGUCUGUCCCCUCCCACCUCCACUGGCCUGCCCUUCACCCUGGUCACCUGGCCCAAUGCCUGGGACAGAGUCAUUGGGGAUGGAGGUGACCAGUGAACAAAAACUGGAGGAUGGAGAUGGGAGGGGCAGCUGGGAAGAAACACCUGCAGUCAGACUCUGGCCUGGGUCCAGGGGUGAUGCAUCUGCAGAAGGCUCCAAGAUCCCAUUUUAGGGGGAACAGUGGGCACGGAGGAAAGGGCAUGGGCCUAUGCCAGGCCCAGUUGGGGCCUUUUCCUCACUGUGUGUCUUGAAGAAGUGGUUUUACUUUGCUGGGGCUCAGUUCCCUCGUCAAAAUGGGCCUCCUGACCCCACUGACUGUCACAGUCUCCAUGAUCCAUGGUAGGUCCUCUUUGGGUGUUUGUUGAAUCACUGAAUGAUCAAUGUAGCUCAUGAAUCAUGAACACAUCCCAUAGCCAGUAAGUUUCCACUAACAUCAACACCUGGGUCUGCCUGGGUGGACCUGGUGACCCCUUCUCCUUUGAUUUGAAGCCAGAGUGUUCCUGAGAGAUGGCAGAACAGCAUGGAGCACCACAGCAGGCUGCAGCUGGCAAGAGCCACGGAGGCCUUGGGGGCGGCUACAAGGUGACCUUGUAUGAACCGGAGAACUUCCAGGGCAAGUGAUUCGAGCUCUCAGCCGAGUGCCCCAGCCUGACUGAUGGGCUGCUGGAGAAGGUGGGCUCCAUCCAAGUGGAGUCCGGGCCGUGGCUGGCAUUCGAGCUCAGGGCCUUCUGUGGGGAGCAGUUUGUCCUGGAGAAGGGGGAUUACCCACGCUGGGAUGCCUGGUCCAGCAGCCGCCACAAUGACAGCCUGCUGUCUCUCUGGCCUCUGCACGUUGACGGCCUGGACCACAAGCUGCACUUGUUUGAGAACCCUGCCUUCGGUGGCUGCAAGAUGGAAAUCGUGGACGAUGAUGUGCCCAGCCUGUGGGCUCACGGCUUCCAGAACCGCGUGGCCAGUGCCCGCGCCAUCAAUGGGACGUGGGUCAGCUAUGAGUUCCCGGGCUACUGCGGGAGCCAGUUCCCCUUUGAGCUCGGCGAGUACCGGCACUGGAAUGAAUGGGCCACCGGGCAGCCGCAGCUGCAGUCAGUGCGCCGCAUCCGAGACCAGAAGUGGCACAAGAGGGGCUGCUUCCUCAGCAGCUGAAGGCAACUGAGGCCUCAGGGGCAAGAAGAGGCUUGGGGGCUGGGGCAAGGGCCAGUCUGUCCCGCUGUCCCGGACUCUGCUCAAUAAAGCCUGGGGUCAGUCCCCCACCUGCUACAGUCCUCAGUGUCCUUUCCCAGGGCCGGGCUGGGGGAGGCACAGGGCUGGAGGAGGCCAAGGCUGAGAGCUCUGAGCCCCAAAGUGCUGAGCUUUGCCUGUACCCUCUUUCUAAGUCAAUCAGCUGAGGCCACUACCUCGCCUGCCACAUCUCCUGUUUGCCUGCCAGUGCGUAUCAUCUGACUGACCGUCCACCCUCUAUCCCUCCACUCCUCACCCAUCCAUUCCUCCUGUCACCCAUCCAUCUACUCACCCAUCCCUCAUUCAUCCUUUCAUGUAUCCAUCCCUCCUCUCACCCAUUCAUCCACCCACCCAUCCACCCAUGAAUCCAUCCCUCCAUCCCUUCAUUCACACAUCUGUUUCCCUCCAUGCAUCCAUCCAUUCUUCUUUCCUCUCAUGUUUUAAUUUUCUUCUUCCCAUUGGUUCAUCCAUCCCUACCUCUAUCCACCCACCUUUCUGUUCAUCUUUCCAUCCAUUCAUCGGUCAGGUCAUCCUUCAAUACAUUUGUCUGUCAGUCCAUGCUACCUUUGCCCUUCCAUCCAUUGAUUCAUCUGUCCUUCCAGCCAUCCUUCCUUUCUCCCAUCCACCUGUCUAUCCAUCAUUUCCCACUCAAUCUCUCUAGCAUUAAUUUAUGCUACAAAAGCCAUCCCUUGCUCAAGGCCUGAGGACACAGCACAAAAUCAAGGUCUCACUUUUUGUGGGAGAGAGAAACUAUAUGAACAAGAGAUUCUGAGUGUCACGUGGGGAGGUAGCAAGUGCUAAGGAGAACAAGCAGUUGGGGCACAGGGGUGGAAGUCAUGGGGUCAGGGAACGCUGCUCUGAAGAGGUGACCUUGGGGGCAAGAUAUAAAUGAACAUGAGAAUGUUGCAGGCAGGCUGAGGCAGGAAUGUACUCAGGUGAUGAGGAGCUGGCCAGGAGGGUGGCUGGUCUGGAAUGGAGUCAGUGAGAGAAUGGAGGAAGGGGCCAGACUGGUGCAGAGCCAGGCUGUUUGAGACCAUGGUGGACUCUGACUUUUCUCUGAAGGGACAAGCUGGGAAGCAUAUAGAAAGCUGGCUGAGCCUUGGUGGUGCCGCCCUUUCUGUGUCUCUGCAGCUCUAUCCCCUCCUGGAGGCCUUCUGUGGCCUUGGCUGGUGACUGAUCCCACCAACCCUUUCUCCCACCUCUGACGGCUGCUCUGAGCCUUUUUGGCUUUGUCGGGCUUGGGAGAUGUGUGGGGUUGCUGUGGCAGUGGCAGGCAUAAAGGGUCCCUUCUGUCUCGGAGUGGGAAGAAGAGGGGGUGUCCCAUCCAACGGUGGGGACAGCUGACUCCCACAGCCACACUGGGGAUUGCCCCACCCUCCCUCCUCCAUGUCCCUCCUGUCUUUGUUCCCUGUCAUUCAGCCACCUGCAGCCCCCCUCACCCCUGCUCAGGCAGCUGGUGUGUGGGAGGCUCUUGGGGGCCCCACGAAAACACUGAAAAGAAUGGCAGUUUUUAGUUAUUCCAACUUGUGUAUUUUUGAAAAGAAUGUACAGCUCGGAAAUCACUGACUUUGCUUUGGUGAGUGCAGGAGAGCUGGGGUGGGGCUCAAGUGGGUCAGGCCGGGGCUUAGCACUCCAUGUGGGGAUCCUUUCUACUGUCUCAUAUCUCCCUGUGCUCGUGGCUCUUCAGACCCCACCCCAGUGGAUCUGCAGAAUAGCACCAGGAGAUAGGCCUGGCUAUCAGUCUGCUUAACAGAUGAGCAAACUGAGGCUCAGAGAGGCAGGAGGCCCUUCUCAGGGCCACAUGGAUAAGCAGAAGGGCUGAGACCUGAGCCCGAUGCCUGAGGACUAGCUCCAGAACAGUGGCCUGAGCCCACUGUGAUGCGCUCACCUGGGACAACAAGCCCCUGGAAACAGUAGCAAGGAAAGCAACAGCAGCGAUAGCAGUUGCCACAGCAAUGGUAACAGUAAUAGCUGUCUCCAGAGCUGCUGCGGGGCUGAGAGCACAGACAGGUGAUGAUGAUUCUGGUGUGCAGAGAGGGAAACUGGGGCCAAGAGGACAGAUGUUCAUUGCCUCGAUGCCACAGCUUUUGCCACAUUCAGGGCUGGCUCCAAACCCCUUUUGAUAUGCUCAUGGGCUGUUGAAGGUGUGGUCGGCCCACCUGACGCUCUUAUUCCCGAUGCUGGUCAGCCGGCCAUGGUGACACUUAUUGAGUACCUACUGUGUACUACUAGCACCAGGCGGCACCAAGAUGGCCCAAGACAGGCUCCCAGAGAGUGGGCGUCAAGCCUUGCAGGGAGGCUGAUACAGUGUGUGUCAGCGUGCCCUCCUUCCUUGGACCACACACAGUCCCCUAACUUGGAGCUGCAUUGAUUCUAGAGGUGGGGUCCAGCUGGACUCCCAGAUCCAUAGCAGCUGCAGGUAGUCACUGGUGUCCAGGUGACUCUAUCCAAAGCCUCAAGGCCAUAGUAACAGUUUGCUCUCUGCAAGCAUGCCACCCUUUAUUCUGUUCAGUCUAUGGGUCUCCAGGAGGCCCAGAGAGGGCAAGUCAACUGCCAAGGUCAUACAGCUGGAUAGAGACAGAGCUAGCAUUUGAUCUCAGGUAUAACUCCAAAAACCUGCUCUUAGCACCAACAUAGGCUCAGGCUCUGUCUCACACAGGGCCAGAGGCUUAGAGUGACUGAGAAGCAAGAGUGUGUAUCCCUCAAUUAUAGCAGGAUGAAGUUUAGUUACUGAUUUACUGAUUUAAUUAAGAGGCAAUGUUACUUAGCGAUUAGAGACAGUACAGUCAAGGUUUGGGGGCAGUAGGACUGAGUGGAGCCCUCCCAGGUGUUGCCAUUUACUGGGUGCCUUUGGGAAAAUCACAGAACCUCUCUGUGCUGUUUCCUUAUCUGUGACCUAGAGACAAUAAGGCUACAGUACCUCUCUCAUAGCUUGUGGGUACUGAUUUGAAUGAACUUUAUAGAGAUGGCACAGAACCAAGGAGGGGGGUCUGUGCAAUCAUUCCUCAUCCUCUUCCUUUUUGGAGAAUGAUGAGGGGACAGACAAUCUCCCAAGCUUCAGUUCUAGACACAGACCCUGGAGACAGCCUCCGUGGUGGAACAGCACAGAGUGACUCUCCAUGACUCGGCAGUGGGGCUCAUCCUAAAUAUACCAGCAGAAACAAGGACCCCAUGCUAUGCUCUGAAGACCUAGCUAAGGGCCCAGCCCCAGGCUUCUUGGGGUCAGGAUGCUGACAUGACCAGGGCUCAUGGGGAUGGGGCUGAGCCCAGAACUCUCAGAAGCAGAGCCUUCCCUGAGCAGUGCACCAUUAAUAAGCCUCAGUGUGGCCAUCCUGGCUUUUGGUUCUCUUGGGGACCUUUGUGCCACUUCUGCUGCCUGUGGUCCCUUUCCUAGCCUGCACUCUGAUUGUCUGUCAUCUGCCAUGGGCACGAGAGAAGGUUCUAGCCAUGGGCUUCCUCCCCAAGACCUUGCUGUUAGUGUGUGUGGGGGGGGAGCACUUUCAGCUGCCAGCAUAGCACCCCUGUGUGUCCAGGGUGUCCUCCUGCACCUAGGGACAAUUCUGGGCAAUUAGCAGCCACUAGGAGCAGCUUCUACUCAGUGACUAUGGGACCAGGUUCCCCAGAUCCUUCCUCCUCAGCUGGAACCUUCCCAAGCCUCCAUCAUUUUGGAAAAUCCUGGCACGAGCAGCCAUGCUGUUUGUGACGUUUGUGUCACCAUUCCCCCUGGGGCCAUUGCACAUGCAGAUGUCAUGUUCAAGAUACUUGUCCAGUGGGGUACGAAAUGUCACACGUACAUUCAGUUCUCCAUUAGUGACUGCCAAACUUACUCAUGGUAAAUAAGAACUGCCUAACUGCUUUCUUACACUGUCUGGUGUAGGUGUGACAAUGGUACACAUAGAGCUGUAGCAUUCUUUUAUAUUCCAUAGUUAGGACAGUGUAUUAUUAGUGUUGAAAGGUUGUAUGUAAGUGGGUCAUAGUACUACUUUACCUCAAGAGAGUGAUGGGGCUGUCACAAAUAAUUGUUGUAAGAAGAGAGUGUGACUUCUGAUGGACAUGAACACAACUCUCAGCCCCAUGAUCUCAGAGAUGCCUUCUUGUUCUGACUCCUUUGCAGCUAAGGGCUAAAUUUUGUUUGCCCAGUGGGGUUACCAAGCCCAUUCUUUUAAUGGGAGCAGGGAGAUGAGGCAGGUAUUAGUCAGCUUUCUUGUCAGUGAGACACAACAUCAAAUACCCAAAACAUGAAGAAGGAGAGGUUUUUUUUCUCACAGUUACCGUCCAUGGUCAGCAGGCUCUGAGGCAGGAACAUCAUAGCAGAAGGGUGUGACGGAGCAAAGCUGCUUGGUUCAUGGUGGCUGGGAAGCAGAGCUGGUGGACAGUGCCAGAGAGGAAGGGUCAGGGGGCCAGAUAUAGUUCUCAAGAUCACGUCUCCAUAAUCUACCCAGACACAUCCAGGAGUGUGCUCUACUAACCCUCUCAGUGUUUCUUAACCCAAUGUAGUUGACAUAUCAAAGUUAAUAUUCAUAGGUGGAUUGGAGAAGCUAAGAUUUUCGCUUCUGAUUAAUAGUCAAGCUAUGCUGCAGCAACAAACAGCCACAAAGAGCGUCUUGGUGUAACACAGCAAAGGCUCAUUUCUCACUCAUGCUGCAUGUGUAGUGCUGAUCAGCAGGGUGAGCUUCUCCACAUGGUCAUGCAGGGAUCCAUGCCAAUGGGGAUACUGCCAGCUAGUAGCACCUCUGUCUCAGGAUGAUGGAAGAGGAGAUGGUGUUGUGGAGUCUGGCUUCUGCAGUUAAAUGAUUUCACCUGGAAACUGCCUCCCUCAUGUUUGUUGACUAGAAUGAGUCAUGUGACCUCCAUCCAGCCUGGGCUGAUUUCAAGAAGACUCAGUGAUACUGGAUAACUAAUAACUUGUAUUGGCUUCUCCUUUUCCUGCCUGUGUCCCCCCUCUACUUCCUGG